AGCAGCCCAGCCCAGCUCCGUCCGCAACCAGCGUUGGAAAUAGCACAUGGUGCAUGCAGAUUUGCUCCCGCACCACACCUGCACCCACGCCUGCACCACAGAGAGAGCCUGGGAGCCUGAGAGCCUGAGAGCCUGCAUAACACACACACAUGCUGCCUGCCUUGCCUUGCCUUGCCUUGCCUUUGCCUUGCCUUAGACUCCGCUACCCGACCCUGCUCCUUGCUCCCUGCUCCCUGCUCCCUGCUCCUUGCUCCUUGCUGCUCCUGACGAAUUUUCGUAGCUGGGGCCUGACGCUCCAGGUUCCUCUUCACUCCUCGAACCCCAACCGCCCCCGGUGCCCGCUACUGCCCAGGUGGCCAUCAUCAUCAUCGCCCUCGUCAUCCGCCCACACAGUCCCAUGAGGGGGCCCCGCUCGACACCCGCCCGCACUGCACUGCAUCAUCUCUUCCCGCUGCAGAGAGACCCUUGGGAGGCCACUUUAGAUUUCUGUACCACAACCCUGCGCCCUGCAUCCCUUGCUGCCGGUGUUGUUGUGGGUGACCAGGUCCAGAGCAGCGCAGACCUGUCGUGGUUGUUACUUGGGCCUUUGUUCUGGGGGUCGCACACAUAAGACGGCCGGCCGCCCAAUCAUCCCGAGCUCCCUGACCCCGCCGUUGAACAUUGUGCAUCUUCUCACUUGGCCAGUCCUCCUGCAGUUUUACUUCUCUCGGCCAGCAAAAACCCCACGCCUCUUCCCUCGACUGCCCGGGACGUCGGUCACCAGGACAGCCGCCGCAAAAGGAAAAAAAGAGGACGAUUCUUCCUUCUUCAUCGGGGCUCCUCCGCUGGGCGAUGCCCCCUGGUGCCUGCUCUGCUCCCGCGACACGGCCCACUUGUCACGAGAACCCCAGUCCUAGCCGCUGCUCCCCUUCGCACGUCCCAACGCAAGGAACCCCGUCCGGCAUCGACUUUGCGCCCCCAUUUUUCGAGGUGGAGAGUUUUCGCGCUCCCACCAAGCCGGCUCGCCCAUAUCACUCAAUAUCCUCGAUGCGCGACAACAGAGAAACGAACCGUCCGCUGAUCGCAUAGAGCCCCCGAGAGCAUCCUAGCAUCCUGUGGCUGCGUCAACCCUUCGCCGUCAGCAGCCCUCCCCACCUGGCGCGCUUUGCCAAGCCAAGAAAAAAAAGAAGAUACCACGGCGCAGGGACCCUGAAAGCAGCCCGGCCGAUCGCACACCCCGCGCUUGUCCAUCGUCUCUUCGGCGAAGCUCAACAUCACUCGACGCUCGGGCCUCUCCUCGUCGCCUCAUACCUCACACCUGAACCUCCUUCUCUCUCUUCUUCACAAACACACACUUAGUCGAGUUUCGAAGUGCCCAGUAAGCUCGGAUCAUGGCGGGCCUUUUUCGUAAGGUGUACGACUGGUUACUCAGAACUUUCUGGGCAACGGAGAUGGACGUCACCAUGAUAGGCCUCCAGAAUGCAGGAAAGACUUCCCUGCUGAGGGUGUUAUCGGGCGGCGAGUUCACCAUCGAUUCGAUCCCAACGGUCGGCUUCAACAUGAAGAAGGUACAACAGGGGCAUGUGACCCUAAAGUGCUGGGACCUCGGAGGGCAGCCCCGGUUUCGGACCAUGUGGGAGAGGUACUGUCGGGGCGUCAACGCGAUCGUCUUCAUCGUGGAUAUCGCGGACAUUGAGCUCCUGUCUCAGGCGCGCGAGGAGCUCCAUUCGGUCAUGAGCAGUCCGACCCUGGAGGGUAUUCCCCUUCUCGUCCUGGGCAACAAGUCUGAUCUUCCGGACAAGUUGACCGUGGAUGAGCUGAUCGACGCCAUGGACCUAAAGAGCAUCGGCCACCGAGAAGUCUCGUGCUAUGGCAUCUCGGCCAAGGAAGAGACCAACCUCGACGCGGUCCUCCAGUGGCUGGUGAAGUUCGCUCACAGCAGAUGAAGGUGCCCGGCCUCGAACGAUUCCCUUCUCUCAUCCGACCCGGCACUGCUUUGGGAACUCAAUCCCGGAUCAAGUCGGUCGCUUCUUUUUGGCGCAGCGGGGCCUCGUAACGACGGCGGCGGCGGGCAGCUCUGGGUUCGAAAGACGUUUCACAUCUUGGCCGGCGACGACCACUUCACACCAAAAAAAAAACCUACCACUCUCAAGUAUCCCGGAGGGCCUGCGGCAUGGACUGUUUUGAACACUGUUCUUCCAUCUGGACUGCCCCGGGUUGCGCCUCUGUCUUCCCCCGACUUUGACUCCGAAUGACACGUGCCGACAUUGUUUUCAUCGCAUCAAAGGCAACGCCCCCACGGGCUGGGAGAGAAGGUCUCCUGUCACCAUCCGAAUUGAGAAGAGUGAUGAUCGGGCGGUCGCCUUGGGGACGACGACCAAGUCCGCCUGGCUUUUCUUGUGUCCUUGCUUAUUUUCCUUGCACACAUACCUUGCGAAAGAAGUUCUAUGCAUGGCCUGCGACGCGCAUGGGGUAGUUUGAAUAUUUUGAGGAUUUCUGAUGGAUAUACCUGGGUAAUCACAUCAAUGAUGACGAAGCCAUGAGCAUGAGCCACACAGCAUCAGCAUGAGAAUUAUAUACCAGAAAUCUCAAUCACUCGAUGAUAUUCCCUGGGGUGACAAUGUAGUAAAAGGGCAAAGUACCAGAAGUUGACAGGCAAGAAGUGAAAGAAAACUGGUAGAGGUCGACCCGGCAAGGAAAAAACGUGGUUGUGGGGAUUGGGUCGGGCAGGAUCCUGGGAAGACUUGACAAAGAUGGAAAUUGCCCCAAGCUCAGACCAGCCAGGGACCCCGACGUCGAGGCGACGAGUGCGGUCAGGGGCGCAAUGCCUGGAGGGCCAGGCCAGGGCGAAGGGGCGUCAGAGGAGGUCAGAGGCCAGAACAGCCGAGCUGAAAAGAGCAACAGGGCAAGGCGAGCGUAGGGGAGAAAUCAAAAAGGGAUGGAUGGUGAGGAAGAGAGAGAUCAGAUCGAAAUCGAAAGGGAGCGGCCGCCAAAAGGAAUUGAUGGGGGGCGCUUCUUGAAGUCUUACCCGUCUGUGCGGCAA